CACACACUUCACACACACACGCGCGCUCAGCCCAAGUGAUUCAACCCUGAUUUCCAAGCGAACAAGCGAGCAACAAGACAGGAUGCCAAAAAGUGCAGACCAGAGGGGAGGUUUUACGCGCUGAUCGGGCUUCUUCGAGAAGAAAGCCGGCGGAAGAAGGUGCAGCAAGUGAAGAAGACGAAAGAAAGACGCGUUGUUUCUCCCGCUGCAACUUGCGCUCAGUGCCAGAGUUUUUAGCGGCAGUAUUGUUCCGACUUCACUCCAGAGGGGCCACUCCGAGGAGAGAGGACGCACACAAAAGGGGGGAAUAGGAAAAGGGACUUAACGAGCACGCUUUUUCUCCGCUUAAAGAAGUAAUGGUCUUAAGACCCUAGAUUUCUCUGUCUCUCGCUCUCUUUUCCUCUCUAUUGUCCCCCCCCCCCAAUUUAUGCCCGAUAUAUUUUUUAAUUUUUUCGCGUCCCGUCGGCUUGUGCGCCCCCCCCUUGUUUGUCGCCGUGAAGAAAGAGUGUGGACGCGCCGGGGUCUGAGGAGCAGAAGCGGGCUGUCCACAUGGUCCAACCGCUGGCGUGAAAGUUGACUUCUUCAGAAACCCAGAGAACAGGUGCCAGUGAUGAUGGUGGAAUCAGCCUCUGAGACCAUUCGAACAACACCGUCCAACCAAAAUGGAGUCAGCAGCCUAAGCAGCCAAUCUGAUGGAGGGGGAGGCAGAGAGGGUGGGUCCAAUGGAGACACCAAUGGGGAGAUCAGUCCGGUCGACUUACUGCACCUGCAGCAGCAACAGGCACUCCAGGCAGCCAGACAGUUCCUCCUCCAGCAGGCCUCUGGACUCAACUCCCCUGGCAGCAACGAGGUCAAGCAGAGCCCCGUGCAGGUGCCCGUAUCCAUGGCCAUGAUGAGCCCACAGAUGAUCACUCCUCAGCAGAUGCAACAAAUCCUUUCCCCCCCUCAGCUACAGGCCCUGCUGCAGCAGCAACAGGCUCUCAUGCUACAGCAGUUACAGGAGUACUACAAGAAGCAGCAGGAGCAGCUGCAUCUCCAGCUUCUGACUCAGCAACAGCAGCAACAGCAACAGCAGCAGCAGCAGCAACAACAACAGCAGCAGCAGCAGCAGCAGCAAGCCGGGAAGCAGGCAGCAAAAGAGCAGCUUGGCAGUAAGCAGCUGGCCUUCCAGCAGCAGCUGAUCCAGAUGCAGCAGCUUCAGCAGCAGCACAUCCUCAACCUCCAGAGACAGGGCCUGGUUCCGCUGCAGCCCACCGCCGCCAUGCAGUCUCUUCAGCAAGCAAUGUGCCCGUCAGACCUCCAGCAACUGUGGAAGGAGGUGUCUGGAGUGCCGAGCGCUGAGGAUGCCCUCAAACAGGCCGAGGGCCUGGACUUGAGCACCAACAGUUCUAAUUCUACCUCAGCCUUCCCCAAAGCUGCCAGUGCUCACAUUCCACUGCACAGCCUGCCCAACGGACAAAACCACACCCCAAAGAGAGACAGAGCCCGACUGUUUGAGUGGAUAUCCUCCUUCACCAAGGCAGACAGCGGAGAUGACCAUGUUCCCCUUUACUCCAAAGGCAGCCAGCCUCCCAGCAGCCAUCAUGAGGAGCUCAGCAGCUCCCAUCCCCUCUACGGCCAUGGAGAGUGUAAGUGGCCAGGCUGUGAAGCACUGUGUGAGGACAUGGGACAGUUCAUCAAGCACUUGAACAACGAACACGCCCUAGAUGACCGCAGCACUGCUCAGUGCAGAGUCCAGAUGCAGGUGGUUCAGCAACUGGAGAUACAGCUGGCGAAGGAGAGCGAGCGACUUCAGGCCAUGAUGGCCCACCUGCACAUGCGCCCCUCAGAGCCAAAACCUUUCAACCAACCUCUGAACCUGGCUUCCAGCGGCUCCCUGUUAAAGAGGGACAGUGAUGCCUACCCAGAGGGUCUACCCCACCCUCCCACCUCAGCCGCCACCCCAAUCACGCCACUGCGCCAGGGACCCUCCGUCAUCAGCUCUUCCAGCCUGCAUACACACUCCCACUCCCACACGCACCCGGUUGGCCCCAUACGUCGGCGCAACUCUGAUAAGUACUGCACCCCUAUUGCCUCAGAGCUCGCUCAAAACUGUGAGUUCUACAAGAAUGCUGAUGUCAGGCCUCCUUUUACCUACGCCUCUCUUAUACGUCAUGCCAUCCUGGAGUCCCCAGACAGACAGCUGACUCUAAAUGAGAUCUACAACUGGUUUACACGAAAGUUUGCAUAUUUCAGGAGAAAUACUGCCACAUGGAAGAACGCUGUGCGCCACAACCUAAGUCUGCACAAGUGCUUCGUUCGUGUGGAGAACGUGAAGGGGGCAGUGUGGACUGUGGACGAAGUUGAAUACCAAAAGAGGAGACCACCAAAGAUGACCGGAAGUCCCACUCUGGUGAAAAACAUGAUUUCAGGCCUGGGUUUCGGAUCGCUAAACGCCAGCUACCAGGCGGCUCUGGCAGAGAGCAGUUUGUCCCUGCUGAACAGCCCCCCUAUGAUGACCCCUCCGUCUGCAGCUAGCCUCAAUAUGCUGCACGUGGGCCAUGAUGAUGUCAGCUCCACCGUGGAGCAGGUCAACAGCAACGGCAGCUGCAGCCCCACGCUCAGCCCUCAGCAGUACAGCCACCCGGUGCACGUGAAGGAGGAGCCGACUGAGGUGGAAGAGGACAGCCGACCAGUAUCCCUCCUGGCUGGCGUCACACACAGCCUGCCACUGCCAAGCGACGAACGUGAUCUGGAAGAAGAUCUUCCCACCGAGGAGCUGGAGUAGGACGCGCCUGACCAAUGGAUCAACGGGCCGGGACUUCUCUCAGAUCAGUCCUACAGCCCUCUCAUCAGCAUGAAGAGGAAAAACAGCAUCCGUACACUUAAGAGAAAAGAGAGGGAGUGGAAAAAAGAGAAUGUUUUUAUUUUUUAAGUUUGUUUUAAAGAAAGUUUGAACAACAGAGAAUGACAUUGAGAAACUCAAAAAAACAGGGUUUAGAUGACUUUUGUAUACGUUCAGUCGCAAAAACCUGACUGUGGAGCACUGCUUUACCUCCGGGUGUUGCUUUUACAACACUUGGCUCAGAGGUGUAACACCACUUUACUCAUACACACUCUCGCAAAACCUGUGCACGCACGCACACACACGUACACACCCCUACUUGUUUACCUGUCAAACCAUGUCCCAUGUCUCGGCGGGAAAAAAAACCCAAGAAAAAAAAACAUGUCUCAGAGGGCGUGGAGGGGGGAGGCGGGUGGACAAAAAAAGAUCCCAAGAGGCAUGGACACACGCUCUCUCCUCAUACCACCACCUGGCAUAGGUGCUUUUCUCUCUGUGGUCUCAGUUGAGAAGAAACACUGAUGUGUGUUUGGAAAGAACAAGACGUACACAAACACAUAGGAGCAUGUGUAUAUAGAUUUGGAGAGGUCGCCGGGGGCAGGACACCUCUUCUCCCCUGUUGGAGUCAGAUACUUGCUUUUUCGUACACUUUGAUUUGAUUGAGACAAAACCAAUGGCCUUUGAGAUGAGGGAGAGAGAAGAAGAAGAACGACGGCACGGCCCUGCUCUGUGUCUAGGCCUCAAAACACCAGUGCGACGGUCACUAAGGGACGUUUUUUUUAUUACUAUUAUUUACUUCUACAUUAAAGAAAAGAAGACGUUUUUCCGACCAUUACUGCAGCCCACACCAUUCCCCUGCCCUCCCACCCCGAAGACUGCAGGAUUAGGUGCUCUUCUUCUUCUUCUUCUGUCCUCUGUCUGCAGAUGAGCAUGGAACACUUUGGAGAGGAAGAAGAAAUGACGGGAAGCAGCGAGAGACGAGGGAGGAAGUGUCUACAGAAACUUUGUGACUAAAAAAAAAAAAAAAAACUGUCUGUGAUUUUGAGAAAUAAGAAAAAAAAAUGUGUGGUAGCUUUUGUCAUUUCCUUUUUACUUUUUAUUGUUUACGUUUGAUGAUCAAUAUUCCCAUUGUGGAUUUCUGCUCUUCUAAGGAUGUACGUCUGUUUUUUGUUUUUUUUUCUAAGUUGUUUGAUUUGCUCUGGUUGUUCACGCCAUUCCAAAUAAGUAUUGGCAAAAUAAUGAGUCACCAUUUUUAAAGAAGAAACACAGUAUUGUCCCAACUGUCCUACCCAUCAACAGCCUUUCUGUCACAAAUGAAGCAGCAGAGAAAAUUGGAAAUAGCACUUAAAAGUUACCGUUAACCGCCAAACUUUGCUUUUAUUUUAGCUCAAUCUUUUCUGUUUUUUUUAAGUUGUGUAUUUACUUAAGAUGUGUCUGUAAUGCUUUAAAAAACAUAAAUAUAUAUAUAAAUAUAUAUAUUACUGCAGUCAGAGAAUACCUCAUCCCACAAAGGUUCUGCCCAGAACUGUGUCCAAAUUGAUUAAGAAGAAGUAAGGGGAGAUAUUCCUUCUGUGGGACACCAAAUGUGGCAACUCUGCUCAGCCUCAAUUCAAAGCUCUAUGGUUGUAAUUGUUACUGUGUAGAAGUUAUCUGCAAUUCACUGUGUGCGUUUGUGUUCAAGAAAAUAGCACGCUAGAUUUUUUUUAAAAUUAUUAUUAUUAUUAUUGUUUCUUGUAGGCGUUGAAGCGUAACUUUUCUCUACAGUUGCAUACCAAAUUUAAGCAUUUAUUUUAAUCUAAUAUCUUCUUAUCAUGUUCCCAUUUUAUUUUUUUUGUUACAGGUAACCAAAGAAAUAAGUAGAAAACCAAAAACCCUGUGCUUUAUUUUACCCUUCUUCUUUAUUUUUUUUUUUUCGUUCAGAAAUCGGGCCAAAAGACAAGUAACCAUGGCAUUUUUCUUUCCUGUAAUGACAUUCACACGAGUGUUGUCCUAAAACUCUUAAACUUACAGUGCUCUUCAUUCCAGAAACCAAAGUGUGCAAAGCAAGCUGGGAUUUUAGGUACAUUUUCAGAAUUACUUCAAUUAGGUAGGAGGCCAAAUAUGAAUAAAAACAAACCUUGCACAGUUCCUCUGAAAAACACAAUGCAGAGAGGAGAGUAAAAAGCACUUAUAGACGAAACCCUGCCUCUAUACUGACCCAUUUUAAGUUUCAGUAAUACUACAUUUUAGCAGACCCAAACAAAAGACUUUCUCUGAGUUUUGUUUUAAAUAUUAGAAGGUAUGCAAUCGACAAAAAAAAACAAAAACAAAAAAACUCUUUCAACAGGAACUUCCUCCACAAGAGGAGGAAGUGUACUGUGUCAGGCUUCAAAAAGUCACAUCUUUGGACAAAGAGAAAUUAUUCUAAAUAUGUGUUACAAAGAGGGAACAUUUAAUGUAAUGUGGAAACAACCAAGGGAUACAGUUAUUGUCUUCAGUGGGUUUUGGGGUAUUUUAUUUUUUAACUGAACUUCGGAUGUUUUUUUUUUGUUUUUGUUGUUUGUUUGUUUUUUCCCAAAUAAUAUUUCCAAUGACUUUGAGUUAAAACAGGACUGUUUCCUGUUGCAAAAGAGACUGAGUGCAAAACACAUACCUGGCAGGCAGAGAUGUUGAAAAGAGAUAAAAUAACCAAAAAAAUAUUACUACCUCCUUUUCAAAACUGUUCAACAGAUAGCCAGUGGGAAUCUGAACUCUCUUUAACACUUGCUCUUUACUCUUCCUCAACAAUAAUACUAAGAAUGCCAAAACUGUUGUUACACAUACUUUACAAAAAGGGUUGCCUGAUAUUAGUAGACAUCCGGUUGUGAUAUUAUUGUUGAAUAUUGCGAUGGUGACAUUAAUUGCAAUUGAAACACAUAUUCCUUGCUAUUCCUUUUCCUUUUCCACUGUCACAAUGUUCCAGUCACUCUUACCGAGCUUCAGGAUUGUGGUCAUAGAAAACAAUGAAAGUUCAGCCAGCUGAUUAAAGCUCAUUAAUAAGCAGAGUUUGAAUGCAUGCCACGGGAAAUGUUGUAGCCUAGCAAACAUAGCAUCUGUUGUGAUUGUGAUAACAACUGCAGUUUGAUAAUUGUGCAGCUCUAUAUACAACGGAAAUCAACAAUAGCUGGUGACUCCCUUUCCCAUCUUCCCAUCUAAAAAAGUGAUGCUUUUUAAAUUUUUAUAUAGUUAAGAAUGACUACCUCUCCGUUACCAUAUCUGAAGCACUCGCUGCAUCUCAAAAAGCGUUGAGAAGUGCUUUCUAACUGCGUCAUUUUCUUUUCCACACCCGAUUAUCACUGAGCUUUCUAAAGGAAAAGCUUCUUAGUUGAAUAUCUCCUUAUACGCUCGUUGUUAGCGGCUUCCUCUCAUUGUCACAGGUGGUAAUGGGCUACAAACAACACACACGCAUACACGCCCACACCAGAACUGGCUCAAACAAAGGCUCAAAACAUCCAGAUAUCCUAAGAACUGCUCAACACUCAAGAGGUCAUUGAAUCUCUAAAAGUCACCACUAAUAGCCAGAUUCAAACCAGGAGGAACUCCUGCAUCCAGAACGUAGAUGAUUCCUAACUUGUGCUUUAAGGUACACCUGUAAACGAAGCCGUUUUGUAAAGAUGUAGAUGGUUCACAGGUCAACCGUGUAACACUGCUUUUUGUUAGCUUGGCAUAAACAUGAUGCAUUCUUGUAUAUUAACGCUUGGUUCGUCUCUCCCAUGCUUCUCUUUUGCCUUUGCUUUUGUUUGUUUUUUUUUUUUCUUUAAUUUUUCUGCACCUGUUGAGCUGUUGUAAAGCUUCCAACCUGGAUUUCUAUACUGUACUGCUAAUGCUGAAUAUAUGUAUUUAUCACAUUGAGUGCUGCAGAUAUCUUGGUUAAAACUUUUUCUUUUUGUUAUUGUUUCCAUUUUUCAGUUCUUCAUAAAACGUCUGGGACGCAUUUUUUUUUAAAUGUAUUAUCAAAAAGAAAAAAAAAAGAAAAUAAUUGAAUUUAGAUCAGUGGUUUAGGAAACACCUGUUUGUAUAUUUAUCUUAGCUAGAUCUAUUUUGAUACUUUUUUGUCUCUGUAUUGCAUUUCUGCAUUUUUAAGGAAAAAAAAUCAACAAAAGGAAAACAAACUAAAAAGGUUCUACAUUGUGUAUUGAUACCUCAGAUGGACUUUUUUUUCUCAAAGACAGGACCAAAACUUCUGAAAAGAAAAAGAGAAAGAGGAAAAAAUGAAAGAAUAUUUAGCCCCUCUCUUGCUUUAACAAAAAAAGAAAACUGUGGAGCUAUAGAAAAGUAUUGCUGUUGGUCCUUUCAGGUGCCAAUGCGUGUCCUUGCUCCCUGUGACACCUCCCUCUGUCCCCCUCACCCCCCGUCAUUCCUGUGCCGAACUCUGACCUGCAGAGCUGUCAAUCAUCUGCAGGUGCCAAGGGGCCGAGUCAGAAACCGAACAGGUGGCGACUCGCUGCAAACUUUAUUUCCAAGUUCAACAGAGGCAGAUUAAUGACUGACACUGUUGCGUUAAUAUUAUUUGUUGUUGUUGUUUUUGAUACUCCUCCUUUUGCUUAGUCACAAAACCAAAAUAUGGAGUGGCUCUUUGAGAUGCAGCUCUGACUACCAAAGGCAUUGUGAGCCAACAUUGCUUUAGUCCAAACUCCUGAACUGUAACCAAACUGCAACCAAAACCAAUGUCACAACUUUAACCAACCAAAAACGAAAAAGGAAAAAAAAAAAAAAAACAGAGCUACUUCCAAAACUCUCCAUCUACGCCACUUACCACCUUCACCUACAGCAGUUUCCCCUCAUCCAUUCGUGUAACCGUGUUGUGGGGAGCAGUCUAUGUCCCUUUGGCUUGCGUCUGACUCAGAGGACCUAGCGAGAGCAAAUCCUGAUGAGUGAUUGGACAGUUCUGAGGCAUUAUGGGAGGGGAAAGGGACUCUCAAAGCGGAGCUUUUGCCUGAUGGUAUUAUUAUAUAGACAGCCAGAUUUUGAUGGAACUACCACUUUAACGAUCCUCUGGUUUAACCUUAGGAAUAUGUGUACAUUUACAGCAGUGACUCUCUUUAUUGAUUCUUAGUUGAGUUUACCUGUUUACCUCUCUUUAUUCCUUUGGUUUUUGUUAUGUUACUUGUUGUUUGAAAGAGUGACCCGAGGAAGAGGCGGAAACAGGGACCAGGGUGGUUGCUUUAGACAGACAGAUGACGAGCCCGGCCCUCUGACCCUCCUCCCCCCGGGGUAGCCAUGUAAUGCCAGUCACUGCCCUUUCCUUCAUGCUGUAUAAAAACACACACAUAUAUCUGUGUAUUUGUAACCUGAAUCUUCUUGUGUCUGUCCAUGCAGACAAUAAAAAACUGUACAGUAGGUCUAGUUGCAUGUAAUCUGUACUAAUUAUUGACAAUGGCAUUAUAAAAUGCAAUAAAAUACUUAUUACACUGUC